AUGCAGAGCGUCUUCACCAUAAAAGUGGGAGAAAAGAAGGCCGAUGACGUGCGGGAUGUUUCCGUGCUUUACCACGGGGAAGUGCACCUGUCCACCUCGCACCGCAACGUGAAGUGGGCAUUCCUAACGCGCUUCCCUGCACCCUCCAAUCUGCGGAGCGGUUUGCAUCCCUCAGGCGUAUCACCAGACGACAAUUAUGAGGAGGGUGAUAUGAACAGAAGUAUGCAGGGUGGCGUCGACAAUCGCUUUGGUGCAUCGAAUAAUAACUCUAGCGGCAGGGCAAUGCAGGAAUAUUUAUGUGUAUUCCACCGUGAUGAGCCAAAGAACCGCCUUAGUCAUUACACCGCACGUCAGCCAUCCAUCAUCUGCUCCGCGUACAGCACCCUCCAUCCCGCUUCUGUCACGCAUUUUGUUCUAAAAAACAUCAGUCCCACCAGUGUGGUACCGGGGCUGCGUGGGGUGCUGAUUCACGGCUGCCAGCAGUCUUCACGUGGGGCGUCGCCGAAGGUACUGCAGAUGUGCGGCUUCACCUUGCACCAGGCGGCAGACUUGUGGUGGAUGGCCUCGCAGCUGACAAUACGGCCUGUGUAUGUGCCUGUGGCAGACGCUGAGCUCAUGUUGACACUUCCUGCUAGUGCAUCUGCAACUGUAGUGUCACCGUCCUCUCAGGCCAACGCCACCAACAGCGGCAGUAGUGUGGCGUCAAAGUAUGCAUUGAUUGAUGCAACUGUUCUCACACAAUUUCAGGCCUUUGAAGGACGUUUGAUGGCGGUAGCUGCGUGUGGCAGCGAGGUGCGUCUCGCGGCGACCAGUGUCGUAGAGCAUCUGGAUGUCUUGCUGUGGAUUUGGUGGCCACAACGUUUACAUGUGCCACAGCUACGCGUAAAAGGGGCGUCUGUCUCUGUUACCGUUUCAGAGAACCCACAGGCCUCGUUGCAGGCGCUGUUUCUCUUUGACGCACUCCGCGGUGUAUUGCAUGUUAUUAAAACACCAAACCUCCAAACAGGAAAAGGGGCAUUAGAACUGCUCUUUACCGUGUCGACAAACUGCCCUCCUAUGGUGCUCCCCUGCCUGCGUGCGUCUAUGGUUCAGCCCAUAAUGGUGUGUCAUCAUCCGGCAGUUAAUGAGGUGACGCUAUACCACGUUCCAACAAUCUUGCAGGAUCCUUCACCGUCGAACAGCAUGGCGACCAUGUCCCUCGCAAGUGUUCUGCCAGUAAAAACUGUCAUUGACGGAGUUCUUUACCAGGCAGGCUCGACAGUUGCCUUUCAGGCCUCCCCACGCCCGAGCAGCGAUAGGGAGAAGGAAGAAAAUAACGCACAUGAGCAGGAUCGCAAGCCCUAUGUAGUGAGUUUUCCAUCACUCCUGGAGGAGCAGCAUCCACUUAUUCACUUUAUCCUAGAGACCCUGGAGUCAGUGCUGGAGUCGGAGCGUAUAGCGUCACUGCAAUGUGAAUUGCUGCGUCGUGCGUGGGAAAGCAAAGGUAUGGGAAAGGUACUGGACUUUGGAACUGGUUGUAUCAAGCUUAUUGAGGAUAUUGUGCGUGCUAGCAUGACGGGGAGCAUUAGCAGUGGUGGUUCGGAUGUUGUGGACUCAUUGUGCGAUGGCAUAACAGAUGAAAAUGAUGCACGACUGUGUGAUAUUAUCGUCGAUCCCUUUUUCUUAACUGCCGCUCUUUUGCAGCAUCGUACCCUUGGCAAUUCUGGUCACAACGAGGGGGUGGGGACUCGAGGGGCUAUGCCAUCCAACAUGCAAGUAAACCACCUCUGGACGAAGCAUCAGUGUGGGCUCAGUGUGUUUGUUCUGCACCUCCUUUGUGAGAGUUUUAAACUGCAAGAGCGUCUCUGGGCUUUGCUCGAGCCGCUAGCGCAGCUAAAUCUCCGUUUGUGUCAAGUGAUGGGAUGGGUCCAAUACGUCCGCUACUACUCAACGUGCCUAUGUGUUCCUGAGGCGUCUGAUCUCGCGAAUCAUCAUUCUGUAGUUUCGUCGACAUCAUCAUGCUCUCAGGCCUUUCAGCGCGCUCUGCCUGAUCAUAUACUUCUUGAUCACUUCAUCUUCCACGCUGACUCUUCUGCAAACGCUGUAUUGAAUGGUGACCCUCCGGUAUUGUACACUAUCCUUCAGCGCGUGCUUGAAGGAAAGGCGCGGGCCUCCGGUGGGUGGCCGGCCAUCAAGGGCGUCAGCUCCACUUCGCCACUCUCAAUGGCUAAUCGCCUGUUCUUCAUGCUGGUUGACUGCUUUGAUGCGCCCCACACGCUGCAGAAUCUUGCCUCACGGUGGUGGUACCUUCUUUGUAGAGGGCUUCUAAAGUAUGGCAUUGAUCCCACAUUCGUGUCGUCGGAGCUGUGUGUAGGCGUGGCGCAGCCGAUCGAGCGGGCGUUAGCAAUCGCUAGAGAUCAUCCAGAAGACGCAUGGGACGAUGAUUUCAAUGCGGUUAUUGGUCGAUUGGAUCGAUUGCGUCAUGCUCCGACGCUUGCGCGCUAUGCGAACCCAGCAGGUGACGUCUUGCGAACGGCGCAGGAACGGGCAAUUGGGAAGCAGUAUCGCGCCACACUGAACGACGAUGACGGUGUUAUUAUGCGUCCAGACUUCCCCAAACACUGGGGUGACUCACGCAUGGAUAUUGUGCAGACCAUGUUGAACACUGCUGCACCUAUUGCACUACCGAGACAAGUGGACGGUGUAGAUGACAUCUACACCUCAUUAAGGACCCUUUCCAUACGCGCAACGGCUCUCCCUGUUGGGCGUGGUAUGUUCACGCUUUGCACGCAAAACUUCAGAGUACGUGACAGCGUGCCAAUCCCAGGUCUCAAUCUUGAGGGACGGACCACUGAUGGGAUCACAAUCACCAACACUUCGGAAGAGGCAUCCGCGGAGAACCUUAUCUGGCCCUUAUUUCACAAUGGGUGUGCGGCGGGACUUCGUUUCCUUCCGCUGCCACAUUUUCAGGGUCACGAGCCAGUGAAGGAGGAACAAUCCAUCACGCGUGAUUGGGUGCUGUAUCAGACACGCAACAUUGUUUGCCCAGCUUCAAGGUCUGGGUUACUGCUUGCGGCAGGAAUUUUAGGUCACUUGAAGGUUCUUCAGAGGACGGAUAUAUAUUCCCUUCUUGUGUCACCACAAUCACAGUACUCUGGGCGAGAGGCAGUCACCAUUGCCGUAAUGUUGGGUCUAAGCUGUAGCCUUCGUGGGACAUGCAAUAGCAUUGUCUUUAAUUGUCUGUCAAUGCACGUUCAGUCACUCACCCCUGCUACGGAAGAUAUCGAAGUUUCUCUGGAUGUUCAGACUGCUGCAUUGGUGUCUAUUGGUAUUCUGCACCAGCAAUCACCCGACGCCUUCUUGGUCGAAAUGCUUCUCAUUCAAAUGUCACGUCUUCCCUCAGAUGAGCACUUUCGUGAUCGUGAGGGGUAUGCGCUGGGAGCUGGUUUUGGCCUUGGGCUUCUUUUGCUCGGAAUUGGGAGUUCACAUGGUGUGCCGAAUGUCGAGAACCGUCUGUUGAAAUUUAUGGAAGGAGGACGUCGCGAGGCAGUUCCAUCAGCGUGUGAAGGUUUGGAGACUUUCAACGAGCUCAACCCUGACAACGGACACUUCUUGACGCGAGGACUUCUGGCACGGAAUGCAAAGGAUUCCUUUCGAAGUCACUGCACCCGAGUAUUUGAGGGUGAUCGCUUCAACAUCGCAGUCUCCGGUCCCGCGGCGACAGUGGCGUUGGGUUUCAUAUACAUGCAGACAGAUGACACUUCCAUGGCAACAAAGGUGGCCCCGCCAAACCGACUUGUUGGUUUGCAGGGCAUAUCUCCGGACCUUUGUCUUCUUCGGUCUAUGAUGUCCUCUCUCAUUAUGUGGUCAAAUAUUGAACCUACAAGAGAGUGGCUCUGGCGUAGUGUUCCAUCAUGUCUGCUGCGACUUGCAAAGUCACCGAAGCAGAGUGGGCUUGUGCCUGCACAAAUCCGUUAUCUCAUGAUGAAUCUUGGUCAUUGUCUCGCUGGUGCUGUGCUAGCCUUGGGAAUGCGCUUUGCAGGAUCGAUGGAUGCUGAUGCGGAGGGUGUUGUGCUUGCCGAGCUGAACGGUUUCAUUAGAGGACAUAUUGGCACCACGGGAGCUGUGAUUUCGACUAUUCAACGAUCCACUGGUGCAUUUCAAGCAUGUCUCUCAGCGUGUACAGUGGCAAUAGCACUUAUCAUGGCUGGAACAGGUGAUGCGCAGUGCCUCGCCGCCAUGCAAAAGUUGUACAAGCGCACCAAGGUGAAGUACGGCGAUCACCUUGCCGUCUCCAUGGCCACUGGACUGUUGUUCCUUGGUGGAGGACAGUUGACGCUCUCCAGCUCCCUCUCCUCCGUCGCCGCACUCAUCAUGGCUUUUUACCCCAUCUGGCCUGAUACGGCUUCUGACAACAAGGUACACCUGCAAGCCCUCCGACAGCUGUACUGCCUGGCGGUAGUGCCGCGUGUUAUUCAAACUGUGGAUGUGCUCACUAACCGAUCUGUGUCGGUACCCGUUCGUGUGAUUGUGCACCGUGGGCGGCUUGGCCAAAAUGAACCAUCAAGUAUUGUAAAGGAGUUGUGGACACCGCUCCCGAAGGGGAAAGAGGAUCAGGCUGUCCGAAUGGUAACUCCCUCUCUCUUGCCCGACAUUAGUACUGUGACUCAGAUCGAGAUUCGUAGCGCGCAGCAUCACAAUCUUACAAUCUACAACACGGGACCUAAUGUCAUUGGCGAAGGCGGCAUUGUGGUUCGUGUGUUGGAGAAGAACGUUGUGAACACUUGCGCAGGAGGGACAAUGCGAAGUCAUGGCGAGGAGCUCGUGGUGGAUUGGAUACAGCGCCUUUUCAGUGAGCAACUGCAGCAGUGUCCGCAUCCUAUUGAGGCUACAGUUAUUCUUGAUAAUGUGAAUCUGCUCUUUGCAUCGCAGAGAAGUUUCUUGACGGAGUUUGGUCUCUCGGAGAAGGAGUUCUCCUCGGAUUUUGUUAUGAAUCUGCGACGCACAUUGGAGAAGCGCUACCGUGGUCUCCUGCAUCGCUGUGGAGAAAUGUCGCCGCACCAUCCCCUCUCCCACAUUUUCAUGACGCAGAAAUCUGUCUACAGCACCGCUGUUUCUCUGGUCCAAACCCUCACAAGUGCCGAAGGGUACCCACGCGAUCUCGCCCCCGUCGCCGAAUCGCUGCACCUCUGCGCCGCCACAACAGAAGCAGAAGGCUCAUCGGAAAAUGGCGAUAUCUCUGUUCCCGCUGUGAUGCGGUGGCUCUCCCAGGCGCUGCACUUCCAUGGUAUUGGCGGGAGCGUGUGGGCGCUUCCGCAGGCACUAGCAAACCACGCGGCGCUGCUUCGCCGACGCGAUCAACGGUACCUUGCAUUGUAUCACAUGAAUCAGCAGCUGUAUCUUCGACCGCAGGUGCUCGAGGAUGUGGUCGAUUGCUGCGUGGAGUAUGCGGAAUGA